UAAAGAAAAUAAAGAUUUUUCUUUUCUUUUUUACUACUGUUACUGCUACUAUACUUGGCAAGAUUCUUACAUUUCAGGUCCAGUUUUCUUUUGCUAUGCAUGAUUGGCAGUUUAUGCUUAUAAAGCAUAUCAAGAAUCUUGGAGUUAAGGUUGUAAUCUUUUAUGACCACUCUUUAUUACAUGUAAUGUAAUGCGCUCUUUUUGAGUGUUUUUUUUUUGGAGGGUUUCCUUUUAUUGUUAAUAUACUUUGCUUUAAGAUUGAUUGAUGAGUUGGUGGGAGGCUAUAAUAAGGUAAGGUAUCAUCUGAUCUUGAUGGGGUUGCAAUGGCUUUGAUUCUUUGUUUGCAUGUCCAAAUCCUAUGGGGUAUAGAAUUUGACUGAUAGGACAUAGACUUUUUGGAGUUUUUGAUCUUCUGGGUUUCCUUCAUUUUGACAAUUUGUGUUAGCAAGCGUGUCUGUCUAUAUAUAUAUAUAUAGAGGACUUGGAUUGUAUAGUAUUACAAAACCACAGUUCUUGGCAUUCCUUCCUUUAAAAGAUAUAUAUGUAUCUACCCUUUUUAUCCUCCAUGAAAUUUUUAUCUCUUUUUCUUUAAUGAGCGAAAAUUACAGCUUUAAAUAGGGUUGAUGUACAAUUUGUUGGUAUGCUAAAGUCAGAAAACAUAGUUUUUACACAGGAAACAGGUAAUUUGUCUUGAGUGAAUAAGGUUUCUUGCUUCUUGCUGUUUUCUUGAGGAGGAGCUUUUUUUGGCUUGCCUUUCACUGAAUGAGAACAAAGAAGAAGAAGCAGCUUAUAUUUUUCAUCGAGCUCUGGUGUAUUUGAUUCAACUAUGUUAGGAAACAACUCGUGAGCACAUAAAUCUUGAAGGGUUCCCAAAACAAUUAAAAAGAUUAGUCAUGAAGUUUAUGAAACUUGGAUCUCGGCCGGACACUUUCUACACUGCUGAGGCUGUUAGGUCUGUCUCCUCUGAAGUUUCUAGUGACCUCAUAAUUCAAGUGAAAGGAAGUAGAUAUUUGCUUCACAAGUUUCCUCUGCUUUCGAAGUGCUUGCGAUUACAGAGACUAUGCUCUGAAUCCCCUGAAUCUUCACAACAUCAAAUAGUUCAACUGCCAGAUUUUCCUGGUGGAAUUGAGGCAUUUGAGCUAUGUGCAAAGUUUUGUUACGGUAUUACAAUCACACUCAGCGCUUACAACAUUGUUGCGGUGAGAUGCGCUGCAGAAUAUUUGCAGAUGACAGAGGAUGUGGAGAAGGGGAAUCUCAUAUACAAGAUUGAAGUUUUCUUCAAUUCUUGCAUACUUCAUGGUUGGAAGGAUUCAAUUGUCACCUUACAAAGCACAAAAGCAUUUCCUUUAUGGUCAGAAGACCUAGGGAUUACGAGUAGAUGCAUUGAAGGGAUUGCCUCUAAAGUCUUAACUCAUCCAUCAAAAGUAAAUUUGUCUCACAGUCAGUCUAGAAGGGUAAGGGAUGAUGUAUCUUGUAAUGGAGCAGAGAGUCAGAGGUAUAGACCGGCGAGCAAAGGAUGGUGGGCUGAGGAUAUGGCAGAAUUAGGCAUAGACCUGUACUGGAGGAGCAUGAUAGCUAUUAAGUCUGGUGGAAAGAUACCUUCGAAUCUCAUCGGUGAUGCGUUGAAAAUUUAUGCAGCUAGAUGGCUACCUUACAUUUCAAGACCAGGAAAUGCUAAUAAUGAAGCAGGAGCAUCAGAUUCGGAUUCAGACACAGGUAAUGAGAUAAGUUCAAAGCAUAGGUUGCUGUUGGAAUCAAUAGUAAGUUUACUCCCAGCAGAUAAAGGUGCUGUAUCUUGCAGUUUCCUGCUUAAACUCUUGAAAGCAUCUAAUAUCCUUAAUGCUUCCUCUUCUUCAAAGAUGGAGUUGGCAAGAAGAAUAGGACUUCAAUUAGAGGAAGCAACAGUGAAUGAUUUGUUAAUACCCUCUCUUUCACAUUCAAAUGAUACCAUCUAUGAUGUAGACAUGGUAAUGACUAUAUUGGAGCAGUUCAUGUUACAAGGGCAAAGUCCUCCAACUAGUCCUCCAAGAUCCAAGUUGGGGUUUGAAAGGAGAAGAAGGUCUCGGUCCGCGGAGAAUAUUGAUUUAGAGUUUCAAGAAAGUAGGAGGUCUUCUUCUGCAUCACAUAGCUCAAAGUUGAAGGUAGCUAAGCUUGUUGAUGGCUAUCUUCAAGAGAUUGCAAGAGAUGUGAAUUUGCCUCUUUCAAAAGUUAUUGCCAUUGCUGAGACUAUACCGGAUUUCGCAAGGCUUGAUCAUGAUGAUCUCUACAGGGCUAUUGACAUUUAUCUCAAGGCACAUCCAGACCUAAACAAGACCGAAAGAAAAAGGUUGUGUCGAACCCUGGAUUGCAAGAAACUAUCUGUUGAAGCCUGUAUGCAUGCUGCACAAAAUGAGUUGCUCCCAUUAAGGGUAGUAGUACAAGUUCUGUUCUUUGAGCAAGCGAGGGCAGCUAUGGCUGGUGGCAAAGUAACUGACCUGCCUAGCAACAUCAAGGCACUCCUGGCUACGCAUAACAUCGAUCCAUCCAGGCCAACAGCAGCAUUAAGCACCACUACUAGCAUUCAAGCAGAGGAUCAGUGGAGUGUCUCAGGCCUUAAAUCGCCUCGAUCAAGGCUUUCAACUCUAAGAAUGAAGCUUGCUGAAGAUGAUGAUUUGGAUGAAAGUGAUCUGCAAUCAAAUGGAAUUGGUAGAACUUCCAAAUUCAAGGCUUUUCGCACUCUUCCUACAAGACCUAAAAGGAUGUUCAGUAAGCUAUUAUCGAUCAAUAGAAGUGCUGGAGAAAAGAAUUGAACGAGAAUUUUUUUUAUUUUCCAGGCAACAGAUGGUAAUUCAAGUGUAACUUAAUACACUUUUUUUUUUUCCUUUUUCUUGGUCAUCCUGAAAUUCCCCUUGUAAUUUGUAGCUGAAAACAAAGAAUCUUAAUGUGCAUUAUUGAUGUAAUCUAAUAUAAUAAGAAUCAAGAUUUUCAGGACAA